CUUCCUUUAAGGAGCGCCGCUCGAUGGAAAAUCGCCUUAUUUAUCAAUGUGAGCCAUAAGCAAACUAACUUUCGUCUUCGUUGAAAUAAGCCGGCGUUUAUUCUCCAAUCGGUUUGGUUAAAUUAGAAGGUUGAGUCGCCUAGAUUGGUAAAACUUUCCACAUUGGCUCAUUUACAAGUACCUACACCCAUAACACGUGCAGAGAGUCUGUGAGGAGCUCCCACCGGCAUUUUUUAUAAAUCCUUAGAGAAAUUGUAUGUAAACUAACAAGGUAUAUAAUCACAAUGUCUUUCUAUGGUCAUGUGCUCCCUCUAUACAUCUUGGUUAAUAAUCUUCCCCACGUAAGCGCAAAGACGCCUCUUUACGUAGGAGCCUUAUUUCCUCUGACGUCAGAGCACAAUGACGGAUGGACAGGCGGUAAAGGUAUUUUACCAGCUGCGCAAAUGGCGCUCGAUGACGUGAAUAGAGCCGGAGUAUUAAAGGACUAUGAGCUAAGAAUGAUUUGGAACGACACCAAAGGUUCACCUGGCUGGGCAGAACAUAUCCUUUUUGAAUUCCUUCAUAAACAGCCUCGUAAAAUCAUGUUCCUCGGAGCUGGGUUCUCGUCGUGUAGCACGGUGGUUGCAGCUCUGGCUGGACUUGAUCAAUGGGCAAUACCACAGAUAUCGUAUUCCAGUACAUCACCUGAGCUGUCUGAUAAAAAGAACUAUCCGUAUUUUUACCGUACGAUACCAGAUGACACUUCAUUAAACGAACCCCGGAUCGCAUUACUAAAAACGUUCAAAUGGAGUCAUGUCGGUACCAUCUUUCAGGAGGAGGACAUACACAGAACGGCUGUAACUGAUCUUCAUACCCUGUUUCUGGAGAAUGGUAUCGUUAAACUUUCUUCCGAGAGUUUCAGAGAGGAUGCGCAUGCCCAGGUGGAGAAUAUGAAGAAAAGAGGAGCAAGAAUCAUCCUGGCUAACUUUUUUGGUAAAGGCGCUCGACGAGUGUUUUGCGAGGCGUACAAACUGCGCAUGUACGGUGCAAAGUACGUUUGGAUUCUCCUUGGGUAUAUAGAGAAAAACUGGUGGCUAUUCAACGACUCCAGUAUCACUUGUACGUCACAGCAGUUGUUUGAGGCUAUGGAUGGUCACCUAGCAACAGACUACUUGUGGAGUACUGGGUCAGAAGCAAAAACAGUCUAUGGAAAGACGGUUAAAGAUUUCCAAGUUGAAUACGAAGCCAAAGUCCCUCUAGAAUCACGAGAUGUUCACCGUGGCUACGCAUACGACGCUGUGUGGGCCGUGGCCCUUGCGCUGAAUAGAACCAUCCCUCAACUUUCCCCUACCACGCGUUUAGAUAAUGUACCAUAUGGAAACAAGUCCUUAUCAGUUGCACUUACUAAAGCUCUUCGAGGAACCAACUUUUCAGGGGUAACGGGCCCCGUUGGUUUCACCAGCGAAGGAAACAGAGCUGGAGACACACAAAUAGUUCAAAUGAAAGAUGGGCGGUACGUAACCGUUGGGCUCUAUCGCAUCAACACGGGUGAGAUAACUUGGGAAGACUACGAACCUAUUACAUGGAAAGGAGGAUCGCCCCCAAGGGACAAAACCAAGUUGGUGUAUGAGUUGAUGUCAGUAUCUGUUCCACUGUUUACAUUUAUGGCGGUACUAACGUCACUGGCUAUAAUCAUCUCUCUGUUCUUUUUGUGGUUUAACAUUACUAAGAGAAAUGUCAGGUUCAUCAAGAUGUCUAGUCCUAAUCUGAACAACUCUGUUCUACUGGGUUGCACGUUAAGUUACAUCUCAGUGUUUCUGUUUGGUUUGGAUGGCGGAUUUAUCUCCAGUGGUUACGAGAUUAUAUGCGCGAGCAGAGCCUGGACCCUCUCUCUUGGCUUCAGUCUUGCAUAUGGCGCCAUGUUUUCCAAGACCUGGCGAGUACAUUUGAUAUUUACCAACAAAAAAUUAAAACGAAAGGUUGUAAAAGACCGACAUCUAUUUGCCGUUGUCUGUCUUCUUGUAACUGCUGACGUCAUCUACCUCACGGUCUGGCAACUGAUGGAUCCUAUGACAAGAAUUGUGCGUGAGUUUGUGAAAGAGUCCUUAGAUUCCGAUUUGGACAUUACUUUAGUGAAGCAGCUGGAGCUGUGCGAAUCUCGAUUAACAUACCGCUGGCUUGGUGUGUUGUGUGGCUACAAAGGACUUCUAUUGUUAUUUGGGGCGUUCCUUGCAUGGGAAACAAGAAACGUUUCAAUACCUGCGCUAAAUGAUUCCAAGUACAUUGGUAUGUCUGUGUACAACGUGUUUAUCCUGUGCGUUAUUGGUGCGCCGAUAUCAUUGGCCAUGAGGGAAGAACCAGAUGCUUCGUUUUCUAUUAUCUCUGUUUGCAUUAUCAUCUGUACCUCUAUUACUCUGUGUCUUGUGUUCAUACCGAAGGUGCUAGAAAUGAAACGUGCUAGACUGGUUGGUGAGGAAUUGUGCCGAACGUUUACCACCAAUAACUUAAUUAUUGAAACAAACAACACUAUGCCAACAAUGGAUAUCGAGACAGAACGACAACUGAUGGAACUCAAGAGGAAAAUGGCUGAGAAAGACAAAGAAAUCAGGGAACUGAGGCUUCGCUUAAUGAACUCUCCCAGCGGGGGUAAACAAUCCCACAAGAUACAAAAAAGUAGUACAGAGGACAUUACACCUAUCGACAAAGCUUAAGUGGCCGAGGUGCCCGGGACUUUAAGACACAUUUUUGUGUAAUUUCCAAUAAAGCGUCAGUCAUCAGGCGGUGGUGAAUGAAUGGACACGGGAUAUAUAUUGGAUAUUCAGGCUAUGAGAGAGUAUUCCCAGGUCUCGUCAACCAGAAUGACGUAGGAAUUGAUUGAUUUGUGAAUGUAGGACCCACUGAUAAUGAUGAAUAAAUACGACAACCAAACUGAGCAGGCAGGGGUGAAGCAGAACGUCACUUUUUGGACGAUAUCAAGUGCUUUGAAGGUUUAUUAGGAACUACGACAUACUGAAAAUGAGCAUUUGUACUUCAAUCCAAAAUAUCCAUAAACAACAACCAAGGAAACAUCGUGCAAUAUUAUAAUGAUUUUAAAAAUCAAUUUUAUUACUUAAAGUAAAG